GUGCCUGCCUGAUGCAGUGGGGUGGAGAAUUGGAGAACAGUUCUCUUAAGGGCAGUUCUGCCGCGCAGGGGAUGGGGGCCUCCUGCCAGCUGAGGUUUAGCUUUACUGGGGACUCGCUUCCCCCAAAACCAUCAAGCCGCAGCUGAAGGGCCUCCGCUGGGUGCUCCCCUUUGAUCCCGGCUGGACUCUUUCCCAGGCCACCUUCUGUCUGGGGGACAGAGAGACGACAGAACCUCAUCCUGAUUUCUCGGGACAGAACUGGUCGCGGUUCAGACCCUGCGUCCUUCCUUCAGCCUUUCCUUCUUCGAAAGGAACACCUCGCCGCAGUGCACCGCUGUUCCUCAUGUUUAGACAGUGUGGGGCCCAAUCAGCUUCUGGACACACCAGCCCUCAGGAGUCCAUUUCUCCAGGAGCAGGACAGAAUAAUGACUGCAUUUAAGGAAGCGGUGACUUUCAAGGAUGUGGUAGUAGUCUUCACAGAGGAGGAGCUGGGGCUGCUUGAGCCCACCCAGCGGAAACUGUACCGGGAAGUGAUGCUGGAGAACUUCCGGAACUUGCUGUCCGUGGGAGUCAAGCUCCAGCAUGAGAUGGAGCGUGUUCCAGAUGCAAAGCCCUGUGAAGAACUUGCCUGCUGGUACAUCUGGCAGCAGGUGGUACGUGACUUCAGGAGGUGCCAGACAUCUGUGAUCAAGAAAGCUCAGUUCCAGAAACAUGAGGGGUCACCAGGCCAGGUGGGGGCAGGACGAUCUGUAACUCACCCAGCCCCGCGUCCCUCUCGGGGAUGCCGGUCCAAAAAGUCCCUCAGCAACGUCUCUAGCACCGAACUUCCACAGCCACUGGAUGCUGGAGCAAAGCCUCACGCAUGUGGCGAGUAUGGAAAAAGCUGCUUUGCCGAUUCUACCUGUCACCCACGCCAGAGAGCCCGCCCAGGCCAGAAGCCAUGUCACUGCAAGACAGAGCCAAGGAAGAGCUUGCUCCUGCCAGGGCCACUGAAAAUCCCUGCCGGGGCCAAACCAUUUGCCUGUCAGCAGUGCGGGAAGGCCUUUAACCACCGUGCCACACUCAGCGACCACUGCAAGUUGCACGUUGGGGGAAAAGUGUACAAGUGUGAGGAAUGCGGCCGGGCCUUCCUGCACGCCUGCCACCUCCGCUACCACCAGAGGGUCCACACGGGGGAGAAACCCUUCACCUGUGCCAUCUGUGGCAAGACCUUCCGCCGCCGGUCGGUCCUCAACAUCCAUUAUGGGGUGCACACAGGGGAGAAGCCCUACAAGUGCGAGGCAUGUGGGAAGUGCUUCACGUGGAGCUCAAACCUCCGAAUCCACGAGCGGGUCCACACCGGGCAGAAGCCCUACCAAUGUGGCACGUGUGGCAAGAACUUCUUCUCCCGCUCGAGCCUAAACCACCACCAGAUGGUGCACACGGCUGACAAGCCCUUCCGCUGCCAGGAGUGUGGGAAAAGCUUCCGGUGGGCCUCGCACCUGCUCACCCAUCAGCGCGUACACAGCGGCGAGAAGCCCUUCAAGUGUGGGGUAUGUGGCCGGGGCUUCGUGCAGAAGUCCCACGUGCAGGCGCAUCAGAAGGUGCACAGUGGCGAGAAGCCCCACAAGUGUGAGGCAUGCGGGAAGCGCUACAAGACCAGUGUAGACCUGGACAUCCACCAGAGUGUCCACACUGGCGAGCAGCCGUACGGCUGCAAGGAGUGCGGGAAGCACUUCAGUAAGGCGUCCAACCUGAAACUGCACCAGCGCCUGCACACGGGCGAGAAGCCCUACAAGUGUGAGGCGUGUGGGAAGCUCUUCAGCCAGCUGUCACACCUGCAGUCCCACCGGCGCGUGCACACGGGCGAGAAGCCAUGCCAGUGUGAAGUCUGUGGCAAGCACCUCUGCUCCCGCUCCUAUCUGAAGCUGCACCGGCGCAUCCACACAGGCGAGAGACCCUACAAGUGCGAGGUGUGCGGGAAGCUCUUCAGCCAGCUGUCCCACUUACAGACGCACCAGCGCAUUCACCGCAGGGAGAGGGCCUACAAGUGCCAGCCCGUGUGGUGAGCAUCCAGGGUUCCAGGGCUGAGUCUCAGAUUUCCAAAAUUCCUGGAGGGAGCAGAGUAACAGGACCAGGGGGAAGGCGCAGGCCUUGCACGCAUCCCUGCCAGUGCGACACAUGUGGCAAAAACUUCUCCCGCUUGAGCCAGAACCACCACCAGAUGGUGCACAUGGCUGACAAGCCCUUCCACUGCCAGGAGUGUGGGAAAAGGUUCCGGUGGGCCUCGCACCUGCUCACCCAUCAGCGCGUGCACAGCGGCGAGAAGCCCUUCAAGUGCUUAGGGUCUCAGGGGCCCCCACUGGGAGUGGAUCCCAGAGCCCAGCAAGGAAUAAACCCUGAGCACAGCAGGUGUGACUCGAAGACAAAACCAACAGCAAACACCAGAAUUCCUGGUAGUGAUCAGUUGUGCCCUGUCUGGCUGGAACUGAACCUUUGGGUUCAGAUUAUGGCUCAGCCAAAGAGCGGCGGGGCCAGUGAGUGUUCAGGGGUACGGGCACAGCUUUGCCAGAACCUCAGGAGUCCCAUUGGCACUCAAAAGACAGGUCUUAAGACAUGACCCAUGUGGAUGUUUAAAAAACCUCGAAAGACAGACUUGGGGGACAAGUGGGAGAUCACGAAGCUCUGCCUAUGGGAGGCCCACAAUGGCGCCCCAGCACCAUGGGGGCCAGUCUUCCUUGAGAAUAAAGAUAAAGAUGGACGUUAAAGUCAAUGUCUGAAAAAUAAAUAAAUAAUAAAGUCAAUGUCUGGGCCCCGAGUGAUAGUACAGUGGGGAGGGCAUAUGCCUUGUACACGGCUGACGUGGGUUCAAUCCCCAGCAUUUCAUAUGGUCCCUCAAGCACAGCCAGGAGUAAUUCCUGAGUAGAGCCAGGAGUGAGCCCUGAGCAUCACCAAGGGUGACCUAAAAACGACAAAAUUAAAGUUAAUGUGCAAGAAUGUCCAGUUUCUGCAAACAGGAGUUUGCAGCUGUUCCUGACAUCAGCUGAAGACAAGUGAGCACAUGUUCUCCAAGGUGGCCAUGGAGGAAGGGAAUGACAUCAUUGCAAAGGUCAUCUCUUGUCACAGCUUUGUAGCUGACCACCAAAACACUGCCUUGCUUAGAGCUGAGAGG